AUUUGGUCAUUAAAAAACCUAACACCUUUUUUGAACUUUGAUAGUUUUCUCCUUGUUACUAAUAGGCAAGUGCGGUUCUGGACCUAUUUCUCCCUAUUGUGAUCAUAUUUUGCAUCUUACUCUGGAAUUUCUCAGUUAUGAUCCCAAUUUCACUGAUAAUAUGGAAGAAGUUACUGAUGAUGAAAUUCAGGAGGAAGAGGAGGAUGAUGAGAGUGCUGAUGAAUACACAGACGAUGAAGAUGUCAGCUGGAAGGUUAGAAGAGCUGCUGGCCUGCUGCUAAAUGCUUGGCAGCACUGAUUGUUUCUCGUCUUGAAAUGAUUUCCAAGCUAUAUGAGGAGGCUUGCCCAAAGUUAAUUGAUAGGUUUAAAGAAAGGGAAGAAAAUGUCAAGUCCCAGAUGGUUGUUGAACCAAGAGGUACCCAAAAUUGUUAGAUCUGUAAAUAAGCAGCUACGGGAGAAAUCUGUGAAAACAAAGGUUGGUGCAUUUUCAGUUUUGAAAGAACUGGUGAUUGUGCUGCCUGAUUGCCUUGCAGAGCAUAUUGGAUCACUCAUACCUGGGAUUGAAAAGGCAUUAUGUGACAAGUCAUCUACCUCAAACUUAAAGACUGAAGCUCUUAUAUUCACAAGAUUAGUAUUGGCUUCACAUAGUCCUCCUGUUUUCCAUCCACACAUUAAGAUUCUGCAGGUGCACAGCUUCAAUUCCAGCUUCAAUAAUGCUACCAAUCCUACCAUAGAUCACCAAUAAUGCCACAGAUUCUGCAGGUGCACAACUUCAAUUAGACCCUCCUUAUACCUCCACGUUCCAUGAAUCAAUAUAUAUUAAAUUGCUCUUCAUCAAACUCCCAGAGCAACCAGAACAGUCCUCAGGUUUCUAGCUCCAGACAUCCACCUCAACCAAAACUUUUUCUUUGUAGCUCUACUUAAGAUGUCAUCUCCCAAGGAGGGAUCCAUCCUAAGGCAGCAUUAAACUCCACUUUAAAAGCUUCACUUAGAUGCUGCAAAGAUGUAUUUCAACACCUACCUCUGACCUCAUACAAUCUUCAUCAGAAAUGAAUCUCAUAUUUUUGCUUCUGCUUCUGUUACUCAGUAGGUCAGAGGAUUGAGUUGAUGACAGAUUUGAUUAGUAUUGGUUUGCACUAAGGCAAUGUGGCAUUAUGGAUUAGUUAGUGGUUUGUAUAGGCAUUAUGCCCUUGUGGGGUGACCACUUUUGGGUCAUAUGUAAAACAUUGUUUUGGUGGCAAUGAAUAACUGCUUAAAAAAAACAUUUCUUUAUUAAA